AAUGGUUCAGUGUAUGGAUCUUGAAUAUAUAUGAAAAGAAAUUUGAUUAUGAAAUGUUGAAAUAUCUUAGUUGCUCUGGUGAUCCGCAAAUUAUACUUACUUAUCUGAAGUUUAAUUUACCGACACUUGAGAUGCUGGUAAUCAACUAUAAAAAUAUGGAUUUUGAAACAAUAAGACGAGAAAAAGAACGUAUUCAUGCUUUAACUGGUGAUAUUUUCUUUUCUACUCUCGCCAUGCAUGCUAAGAAUCCUAUAAUACUUAAAGAUAUAUUAGAGAAUUUUGAAAUAAUAAAAAACAGACUAAUAAUAUCAGAUAAUAACAGCAACAUCAGUACGAUUGCAACAUUAAUUGUCAUUAUUAAUAAUGUGUAUUCCAAGAAUGAACUUGACAUGAUCAAUAAAUUUGCGAAAAAUAUGACGCAAUUAAUUUCGGAUAUUGAACGCAAGAUAACAACGCGUUUGCUUGAGAUCGAGAGUCAGAUAAAAUAUUAUCAAACUGUAUUCCCUCAAUCGUCUUUAAUUACGAUAGAUUCAAUUACAAUACGUCGAACUACAACACGUCUAAGUACAACGCUUUUAACUACAGUGCGUCCAACUAAAAUAUGUCCAACUACAACGCGUGUAACUACAACAACGCAUCCAACUACAACGCGUCCAACUACAACACCUUCAAUUACAACUACACCGACACCUUGGAAUCAAUUAGUUAAUAUGCUUUUAGGCAAACGUGGGUAAGUUAAUUUUUUU